CCCGGCCCUGCUGCCCCUCAGCCGGGCCUCGGUGAGGGUUUGGCACAGGCCCGGCCCUGCUGCCCCUCAGCCGGGCCUCGGUGAGGGUUUGGCACCGGCCCGGACCCGCCGCGCCUCAGCCGGGGCUCGGUGAGGGUUUGGCACCGGCCCGGCCUGGCCCCGCCGCCCCUCACGCAGGGCUCACUAAGAGCUCGGUGAGGGUUCGGCACCGGCCUUGCCCCGCUGCCCCUCAGCCGCGGUUCGGCACCGGCACGGCCCCGUCGCCCCUCAGCCGAGGCUCGGUAAGGGCUCUGUAAGGGCUCGGCACCGCCCCGGUGCCGCCGCCCCUCAGCCCGGGCCGGGCACCGGCUCGGCCCCGCCGUUCCCCGGGCCGGGCUCAGCGCCGGCCCUUCCCCAUCGCCCCCGCUCGGUGCCGGUGGCAGUUGAGGCUGUCCCUACCAGCCUCCACCGCUGCGGCACUCGAGGGUUGGGUUCUUGCACUGCCAAGCGGUGAUACCCGGCUGUGAGAGGAUUGCAGCUGUGCAGGCAGUUCUGCAAACUUCAGGUAGCUCUCAAGUGCAAAAUAACUACAAAGUUUGGUGGUUAUACUGUGCUGUGUUCCGUCUGCAACUCAACUUGGCAGAAGGGAAGUACACAUUGAGACAAUUCAGUAGCUAUGAUAAAAGGCAAGAAGAAAGAUGGCAAGAAGAAAGAUGCCAAGAAGGAUGGUAAGAAGGAUGAUAAGAAGUCAAAAGAAUCUCCAAGUACUCCAGCUGAGAGUAGCUUAACAGCAGUGUCAGAUCUGCAGAGUGAGCCAGUGAGUGAAGACACUCAGUCAGUUCCAGAGGCAGCAGAUAAAGAGCCAGGGGUGAAGAAACCACCAGUCCAGCCUUUUCGCCCCAUCCACGAGGAGCCUCUUCUUGCUCAAGUGAUUAUAAAAAGCUAUGAAGGUGAACAAGUGGAUGAAUUCUAUGAGGGUGAAGGAUUUAUCAUUUUUGAGGGAGGAAAUACAUACAAGGGUCUGUUUUCUAAAGGAUAUAUGCAUGGAGAAGGAACUUACACAUGGGCUGAUGGAGUGAAGUAUGAGGGAAGAUUUACCAAGAAUGUGCUGACGCACAGUGGCCGUUACACCUGGAAGGAUGGCAGUGUUUAUGAGGGGUCAAUCCAAGAUGGGCUUAGGCACGGAUAUGGAGUUUUCAGGAGUGGUGCUCAUCCCAUUUCCUACGCUGGUUGUUGGUGCAAUGGCAAAAGGCAUGGCAAGGGUAUGAUCUGUUAUGAUCAAAAAUGCACCUCCUGGUAUUCAGGUGACUGGGUAAAUAAUGUCAGAGAAGGAUGGGGAUCAAGACGCUACAGAUCUGGAAAUACCUAUGAAGGUCAGUGGAAGAAAAAUCUACGACAUGGAUAUGGACAAAUGAAAUGGCUGACAGAUAAUCAAGAGUAUAGAGGACAGUGGGAGUGUGGUGUGCAGCAAGGUUUUGGCAUCCACACAUGGUUUCUGCAGAGAAUGGAAAUGUCUCAGUAUUGUCUACGGAAUGAAUAUAUGGGUAACUUUGUACAAGGGGAGCGCCAUGGCCAUGGGCUGUUUUUUUAUGCCAGUGGAGAAAUCUACAGUGGAGAAUGGGUGCAUAAUAAGAAGCAUGGCAGGGGCACUUUUGUCUUUGCGAAUGGUCGCCUUUUUCAAGGAGAGUUUGUCAAUGACCGCCCAGUGCAAUGUCCUUUUCUUCAGGAGGCUGCUGUGAGAGCCAAAAAACGGAAAGCCACUAGCGAAAAAGGAAGCAGGCAUUCUGGUACCAAAAAGACCACACACAUUAAUGCCUUGCCAAAGCGUUCUAAUCUGGGAUCAGAUAUUGAUUUGAAGAUAUCUUCACUGCUUGACUCGUUUCCAAGGCAAGACAGAAAGAAAGAACUUGAAAAAAUAGAAUUGGCUGUGGCGGAGCAUAUUUCAAGCCUGAGAAAAGCCUACUACUUCUACAGUACCUUAGGCUGCAGUCCUUCUCCUGACAACACUUACACCCUGACUAGGCUGCAGUUUUGGAGGUUUCUGAAGGACUGCAGGUUUCAUUUCCCCUCCAGAACUCUGGCUGAAAUGGAUCGGCUCCUGAGAGGUGAUAAUCCACUUGAGAAAAUCCAUUUGCCAUGUGACAUAAUACUGUUCAACACAUUUGUAUCCAACCUUGUUCAGCUGGCAUUUCAUAUCUAUCAUGAAAAGUACAAAGACAAAGUUCCUCGUCUGUGGAAUUGUUUCUUAGAAAUGAUGACCAAGAAUGUUCUGCCCUUUGCCUGUCGUGUCCAAGGUAUCUUAUAUUCUGGUGUAGAAUUCACAUCUUUUGCCAUGAGCUACUUUAACAAAUGCUGGGAAAUAUAUGAAGAUUUUUGUAGACCAAGUCCUGGACCUCCAUUUGAAUGGACAGUGAAGCUGAGGCAAUUCCUCUGGAUGUUGAGUGAUUUUAAACUUCUCAGUGAAGAAUUAACUGCUCCAAGAGUUGUGGGAAUUUUUGUCAAAGUUGGUGCUUCUGUACCUGGCGUCCAUGGUGUCAACCUGGAGCUGCAGAUGGUUUUUCUGGAAUUUUUUGAAGCUCUUCUUGAAUGUGCCUUGGUGUAUGUAACUGAGGAUAUGAUCCAGCAGAAAGAAGCUCGGGAUGAUCAGAAAAUCAGUAGCUUUGAAAUCAAGGAAACCUCGGCUGUGUCCCACACAGAAUAUUUUCUGUCCCAGCUCCUGAGACCCUGUGAAGACACAAAGCUUGCUCGACAGCCUUCUCUGCUGGAAACUCUUCUCUCAUUUCCUGUAACUCGUGGAGAAAACAAAGAUGAUGUGUCAUUGUCCGACAAGGAUGUAGAAGAAGACCAAGAGUCCUGUCUAGAAACGGAAUUAUCAGAUGAAAGUGAAGAAGAUGAACUAAAGAAGCUAUUUAGCCUCUGGAUGUGUAAGGUGGAAAUUUUUUUCACAACUAAGCUCUUCCCUGCUUUUGAGCAUGAAAGAGUGCUGAGAGAUAAAAUAAAAGAAAACAAAAAGCAGGAUGCUGAAUUAGCUGGGCUGAGAAAGAUCCAGGCUGAGGAGCUGCAAAGACUUAUUGCUGAAAAAGAAGUAGAAGCAGCAAAAAGGCGAGAAGCAGCAGCGUUAGAGGGGAAAGCCAAGCCCAGGAGACUGAUCUCAAAGAAAUACCCAACCUGGGCGAGGCUCCUCUCCCGGCUCAACCUCUAGCUGAAGAAAGAGGCCCCCAGAGAACCCUCACCAAAGAAAAGAGGCCCAGAAGGCAGCAGAGCCUGAGGAGGAAGAGGCAGAGAAGGCAGCACCCACGGGUACCAAGGCACCUGCUGACAGAAAAAGAAAGAAAUCCUCUGCUGGCAACUGCUGAAGAUUCAAGCAAGUACUCUUCAAAUAAAGAAAAAAAAAAAACCAAAAACAAA